AAUCGAUUGAUCCAAAUAAUAAAUUCCAGGUUCAGAACGCCCAAUCACAACCAACUGAGUUUCGACAGCUUGUGGAUCAGGUGGUACUUGUGCUGGUGCUUCAACACGUUGCUCCCUAUGGCCCCCAGACGUCAGGACACAAGUUUGGGGGACACAGCUUACAUAACUAACUACCCACUCUUCCUCGCAUCCAAAGCACAGAACCCAAGAGGUCACUAGUUAGCGAUGGGCUAUCCUACCGAUACUCCUCCUCCCCUUGUGAGGUUCGUCCUUCUGGACUUUCCGGCCCCCCAUGUACUUCUGGUCACAAUGAACCUGGAGAAACAGAUGAACUCCCUCCCAGUUGACGGGGUAUGGGAGAUGGACCGUGUCUGGAAGUGGUUUGAUGAAGAACCGCAAUUACGUGUUGCCAUUAUUACGGGUGCUGGCAAAAAGGCCUUUUGUGCCGGAAUGGAUCUCAAGGAGCGCCAAUCUGGCUUCGAGCAAGGCGAUCUAAGUAUCCCGGGUCAAAACUUAUAUCCUCCCAACGGCUUUGCGGGGAUGACCCGGCGCGUGGGCAAGAAGCCAAUUAUCGCCGCUUGCAAUGGUCAUGCUCACGGAGGUGGAUUUGAAAUUAUUCUCAACAGUGACAUCGUCAUUGCAUCCUCUAACGCGGAUUUUCGACUACCCGACGUCCUUCGCGGAACUGCAGCUCUCGAGGGAGCAUUUCCACGACUAUGUCGGAAUUUUACGUUACAGAGAGCCAUGUGGCUAGCGUUAACCGCACAUAAAUUAACAGCCCAGGAAGCUCUGGAUUGGGGUUUGGUUCAGAAGGUUGUGCCAAUUGAAGAAUUAAUCACUGAAACUGUCAAGGUAGCAAAAUUGAUUGCAAGUAUGAGUCCUGAUAGCGUUAUCGUGAGUCGGGCAGGUAUAAGACAGGCAUGGGAGACCAGCAGUGUCGAACAAGCUGCACGCUUGACCGUGGAGAGAUAUGGCAGCGCGUUGUUCGCUGGAGAAAAUGCUAAUGAAGGGAUGCUAGCCUUUAAGGAGAGAAGAGCUCCGAAUUGGCUUCCUUCAAAGCUUUAAGCCGAUCGUGAAUGACACCCAAGCUACAUGUAGACUACAUUCUUAAGUAACUGUACUCCGUCGAUGCGUCAAGGAUAUCUCCAUUUGACGAGCUUCUUCAA